AGGACGACAAAACAAAACCCCUUCGGAUCUGUUGUCGGCUUCGCUCGUCACUUCCAUCAUUUCUAGGUUUUUCUUUUUCAAUCUGAAAUGGCGAAUCUUGUGCACAGAUUUCUGAGGAACCAAUCCUGUUUAAGAGCGAUCCCGAGGCUCACUCCCAGUCUUCUUACACCACAUCAGAAGCCUUGCGUCGUCGUCGAGUCUGCAUCUGUAGAUUCCGAUCCAGUUUCUCUUGCUAAUAACCCGGUGAUUACGGUCUCCUCUUCGUUUAAUAAACCCGACGAAUCUCUGCGGUUUUACCCUAGUUUCCCAAUCGGGUACGGAUUUAACCCGACUAUGGUUCACGGUUCGGAUCUAAUCGGUAUGGUGCCGUUCACGGAGGAGAAAGGUGAGAAGGAGGUGGUGAUUUACGCUGAUAGUGUGAAGAAGAAGCGGAAGAAGAAGAUGAACAAGCAUAAGUACAGGAAGCUCAGGAAGGCUCAAGGUCGCAAAUCUUAAAGAGCUUCUUUGCUUCGAUUCCUCCCUUUCUCCAAACAUAUUUGUUUGAAUUAGAUCGGUAAUGCUACAAAGUAUUGUUUUCUGCAUUUCCCGUUAAAGUGAGUUCACUCAUUUCCACACAGUUGCUGUGUUGUAGCUUCAAUGAUUUGAAUCUUCAGGACUUGAAAAUUGUGUUUCAAAGUUGAUGGGCAUUAGCCAAGUGAGUUUGCUUGCUUCAAAGUUCCUGUCUUUUUCUUUCUUGCAUCGUCUCUUAGUAUUGGUUUGUCUUUACCUAAUCAGAAACCCUGAGAUGUAUAUAGGUCUUUUAGUUUGUGAUCGUGGUCACUUUUCUUGGUUGCUUUGGAGACCUAUAUUAUCUAGUCUGAUUGUUUUCAAUUAA